CAGCCUGCGCCCCGUGCGGUAUAUAUUCGGCGGCGUUGCAAACUGGGCUGAGCAGAGGCGGUUGGGGCUGGAGUUCGAGGGCUUGGGAAAGUAGAGGCCGUCAGCCGGCUAUAUUGCUUGGGUGGGUGGGGAAUUUUUAAAACUGAAUUAUUAUUAUUAUUAUUUUUGCAAGAUUCUUAAUUUCAUACCCCUCGUGUUUUGUUCUGUUUUUUUAAUUUUUCCUCCCUCUGGAAAAGAAAAGGCCCUCGGAAAUUGCCCGAGUGCCGGCAGUGCGUUGCUUUGAUUGUGCACGGCCAAAACCGCGGGCUGCGAUCGCCUCUUCUCUCGUUGCACUGCGGGCGGGAGCGGAUCGCCUCCGGCUCCCGAGGGCUCUCGUCGCCUGCAUUGUCUCUUCUAAGCACCCCGCUCACGCACACCAUGAAGGCGGUGAGUCCUGUGCGACACCCCAGCAGAAAGGCUCUGGCUGGCGGCUGCUGUUGCGGAGGCGGCGGCGGCGGUGGUGGCGACGGCGGCGGCGGCGGCGAUCUGGCUCUCCGUUGCCUGGCCGAGCAUGGCUGCUACAAAGGGAGUUCGUCGCCGGGCGAGGAGCCGGUGGCUCUGUGCCUUCAGUGCGAUAUGAAUGACUGUUACAGCCGCCUCAGGAAGCUGGUGCCCACCAUCCCGCCCAACAAGCGGGUCAGCAAAGUGGAGAUCCUGCAGCAUGUCAUCGACUACAUCCUCGACCUGCAGCUGGCCUUGGAGACGCACCCGGCGCUGCUCCGGCAGCAGCAGCAGCAGCAACAACAACCGCCGCCGCCCCCGUUGCACCCGGUCAGCUACCCGGCAGGGCCUCCCAGGACCCCGCUCACCGCACUCAAUACCGACCCGGCUGGUGCUGUUAACAAGCAGGGGGAUAGUAUUCUGUGCCGCUGAUCUACACUUCCCAGGUGUGCAGCAGGCAGAUCCUGAGCCAGAGAAGCAGAAAGAAAGACACAUUAGAGAGGGAGGGGAAAUAUCAGCCACUGGGCAAAAGGAAAAAAAAAAAAGAGCCCUCAACUACUCCAGAAUUCCUUCUGUACUUCCUUUAGAAAGGGGUGGGGGUGGGGAAAUUUUUUCACGACUUUGCACGUUCAUAGUAUUUUACACACACACAUCUCUUUAACUCAUUUGUUUUUAGAUCAGAUGUGAAUUGUACACUUGUCUGGGUGGGAGAAGAUUUAAAUCUUCACCAUAAGGGUGACUCUCCUGUUGGAGAGAAGAUCAUGGACAAAUGGGAGUUUAGAAGUGUAACUUUAAUACGCUGAGCAGCUGAAAUCCUGAAGCUUUACUAAUCUACCAGAAGCAUUGUAGAUAAUUCUUGUUUUUACAUCUAUUGUUUAAAAUAGAUGGUUUUUAUUAUUUCCUUGGGAACUUUCUUUUCCCUACAGGAAUGUUACAUACUGUAUAGAUUAAAGGAAAAAAGUGACAUUUCAUACUAUGUAUAUAGAGAGAGGUUCUAUAAGUGUAAGUGAGAAAAGUAUAUGCUUUAAUAGACCUACUGUAAUUAUAAAAUAUUUUUAAUUAAAUAUUUUUUUGUAAAUAUUAUAAAGCUGUGUAUGUUUUUCUUUUUAAAUCUGUGGGGAUAUUUAGGGAAAGAUGUUUUCUGGCUCAAGUGCAAAACUGCUAAUAAUGACAAUAUAUUGGAUGUUGAGGGGUGUCUCUGAUUUUCCUCACCCCCAAUCCCUUUAGAUUCAGAAGCUGUAGGUAGAAUUGGUCCUGCAUGAAUGCAUGUGAUGUCUAACCACAAUAAACGUGUUCUGAGUCCAUAACAGAUGUGGCUUUUUUCCUUUUAACUCAAAUUAAAAUAUGUUUGUAUCAUACACUUUUGAAACUACUUUUUGUCUGUUUGGCGCUGGGGUUUAUAUUGGAGUAUGUGCAAAACAGCAUUGAGAUGUAAGAUUUUAUUUGUUAUUAACUGAGAUUACUACUUUUUCGGUAUGGGUACAGUACUGAGGUUUAAUAAGCAUUUAUAAAAAAAAUCUUUUGUUGCUUAAAGAAAACACUGAAAUUUUUGUAACACCAAGGGAGGGGGUGUUCUACCCCAGAAUUUUUAGCCCUGUGGCAUAUCACCUUGGAAAAAACGGAUUAAAUUUUUUUUUUCUGCUUGAAACCAAAGGGCAAACUCAACAAAUGUACAGUUGCUGUUUCUUUCAUCCAAAGACUAUUGAUAGUGAUACUUGGAGGGUAGGGUGGGACAACAGGGAAAAUGUCAGUCUAAUUACUGGUGUAAAUCAAUUUCAAAGAAGUUGUGUAGACCAAAAACAAAAUGCAAAAUCAGAUGACUGUAUCAAAAUUAUUUUUCUAAUCUACAGCAACGUUCAUUUCAUUGCAGCUCUGUUACAUCUGAAAAUUCUGUUUAGUCUCUGUUGUGUGUAACUUCUACAUGUAAACAUUAAACUAGAUUGACGUGC